CUCAUAUAUGUGUUUCAUGGCUUUCCUUAGAAUUUUUUCCCUCAUGCUAUCCGUCGUUGCGAUUCUUGCUUGCGGUGGCAAUGCGCAGCUCUCGCCCGACUUCUAUGCUUCCACAUGCCCUAAUCUGCAAAGGAUUGUGAGCGACGCUAUGAGAGAAGCCAUUGAUCAAGAACUUAGAGUUGCUGCAUCCGUCCUUCGUUUGUUCUUCCACGAUUGCUUCGUUAAUGGGUGUGAUGGAUCAUUGUUGCUAGAUGACACAGCCACAUUCACUGGGGAAAAAAGCGCGUUUCCAAACCGGAAUUCAGUGAGAGGUUUUGAAGUGAUCGACAGAAUCAAAAGUCGUGUUGAAUGUGAGUGCAAUGGUACAGUUUCUUGUGCAGAUAUCUUGGCCCUGGCUGCACGAGAUGGAGUAGCCUUGCAUGAGAGCUGCACGCAGAUGGGAGGGCCAACAUGGGCAGUUCCACUAGGCAGAAGGGACGCGAGAACCGCAAGCGAUUGUGCCGCCAACGCACAGUUGCCGUCCCCAACAGCCACACUUCCCACUCUCAUCUCCAUGUUCGCCGCCAAAGGCCUCUCCUCCCGUGACAUGGUGGCCCUCUCCGGCGCCCACACCAUCGGCUUCGCACAGUGCUCCAACUUCCGCGCCCGCAUCUACAACGAAACCAACAUCAACCCCAUCUUCGCCGCCAACCGCCGCGGCGCCUGCCCCCCCUCCGGCGGCGACACCAAUCUGGCCGCCAUGGACCUGCAGACUCCGAACCGGUUCGACAACAAUUAUUAUACGAACCUGUUGACCCGGGGCGGGCUGCUUUAUUCGGACCAGGAGCUGUUCAACAAUGGGCGGUUGGACUGGUUGGUUAAGGUUUACAGUAGCCGCGCUGCUUCUUUCAGGAGAGAUUUUGCUGCUGCAAUGGUGAAGAUGGGGAAUAUAAACCCCCUUGUGGGGACUGAUGGAGAGAUUAGAAAGAACUGCAGGCUUGUUAAUUAAUUGGGUAAAUUACAAAUAACUCUUUACAUACUCAUUUGUUAUUUGAAAAUUACAAAUAUUCUCUCAUAAUUAACAGUUGUCUAAUAGUCAUGAAUUAUCA